AUGCGACUGUUUGCCGCUCCAUCAAGUCUUCGCAAGGGGCUGGGCAACGAGUUGCAGUGGGAGAAGGACGUAGGGGAUGGCGCGCAGUGCGAUACCGCCUCGAUUGCGGGGGUGGCAGCGCAGCCGCUCUCUUCGAACGAACACCUGCAGGGCGGGUCAGCCUUCAACAACAGCCUCCCCGCAACUCCCCUCUGA